CCGGGGAGCGGGUGGGAGGGGCCGCCUCGGGACGCAGCCUGCCCGCUAUCCCUCCGGGGAGCAGAACUUGGGGCGCAGGGGCCCCGGCCGGCUGCGCCCGCGAAAGCUUGCGUCUCGGGAAACGACUUCUACCGCUGCGGGACACGAGGGCUCAGGAGGCUGAGGCCGGCGGCGCCCGGUCCCCGGCGGCGCCGACCCCCCCCAGAGGCGGGACAUGUCCGCGGGCCGGGGCCUUGGCUGCCUCUCGGACCUGGACGGUGGUGUGGCCCCGGAGCGCCGGCCCUGUCGGCCACCGGGGAGCCCGGCCCCUUCCCGGGCCCCGGUGCCCGCGCCCUCGGGCUGCGACCCCCGGCUGCGGCCUAUCAUGCUGCGCCGGGCGCGCUCGCUGCCCAGCUCCCCCGAGCGCCGGCAGAAGGCGGCGAGCGCCCCGGGCGCGGCGUGCGGGCCGGGCUGCAGCCGGCAGCUUCGCGUGCGCUUCGCCGACGCCCUGGGCCUGGAGCUGGCACAGGUGAAGGUGUUCAACGCGGGCGACGACCCCUGGGUGCCGCUGCACGUGCUGUCGCGACUCGCCAUCAACUCGGACCUGUGCUGCAGCAGCCAGGACGUGCAGUUCACCCUGCGGUGCCUGGUGCCCGACUUCCCGCCUCCCAUCGAGGCCACCGACUUCGGCGAGCGCCUGGGGAGGCAGCUGGUGUGUCUGGAGCGCGUCACCUGCUCGGACCUGGGCGUCAGCGGCGUGGUGCGCGUGCGCAACGUGGCCUUCGAGAAGCAGGUGGCGGUGCGCUACACUUUCUCGGGCUGGCGCAGCGCGCAGGAGGCGCAGGCGCGGUGGCGCGGGCCAGCGGGCGCCCGGGGCAGCGAGGACGUCUUCGCCUUUGGUUUCCCGGUGCCGCCUUUCCUUCUGGAGCUUGGCUCGCAGGUGCACUUCGCCGUGCGCUACCGAGUGGCUGGUGCUGAGUACUGGGACAACAACGGAGGCCGCGAUUACAGCCUCACAUGUCGCGACCACGCGCUGCACAUGCCUCGCGGGGAGUGUGAGGACAGCUGGAUCCACUUCAUCUGAACGGCGGGCAGCGCGUUUCCCAGCCGGGGUUCAGCUCUGGGCUGUGGUUCCUACAUAUGUACCUGCACCUACCGGAGUAGCCUGCCCUCUCCUGUUUCCAUCUGCAAUGUCUCUCUCCUCUAGUGUGAAAGUGCCCUCAGGGAGUCAAGACCACCGUGCGACCACCGUGCUACCACCGUGGUCUCAGACAGCAGGUGCUAGAACGGCGGCAUGAAACGCCAGCCCAGGUGCACAAGAUCUCCAGGACGUGAGGAGUGGUUAUGAUAGAACUGAAGCCAGAGCAAUGGAUUUCAAGAUAGCUGUCGCCAGUGAGUCACCUCCACGUUUCUGAGUCCUUGUUGCUAUUUGUCCAAUCAAUAUCAAAAGAUGUAUUUUGCCUUUUAACCAGCUUGUUUUGGGUCAUUGUGACCUUUUUGUUUUUCAAAUUAGAAGAAUGGGAAUGGCUUUCUGUGGUACCUUUUAAUCUAAUGAGCACUGAAUUUUGAUUUAAAAUAUUGUGAUUCAGUUGCAGAGCAUUGGCUCUGGACUGUGUUCUACAUUGACAUGCAAGAGAGAGAGAAACCUGGUUACAUUUCCUGCUGCUCACAGACUGUCCAAUUAGGUCAGCAAGCCUGUGAGGGCCUUGGCUGCUCUGCCUUUGGCCCUGCACAGCAUGCAAGACUAUUCAGGUACACAUUCCUGCUGCCAAAUACAUAGUUUGAUGGCCUGGAGAGAAUCUCAUCAUCUGCGUGGAAAGUCUCUUGCCAAAAAGGUUCUGGUCGUAGAAUAUAAUGUAAAUGCUCUAUCUUCAAAAUUAAGCGAACCUCAAGGUGCCUUUGAAAUUGAAGUUUAAAUAGACUUGCCUGGUUGGUAAAAAGCUCUAAGCCCAAGGAGAACUUUCAGUCCCUAAAACACAGUUAUAUUGCUUGACUAUUUAAAAUUUUACAGUGGACUGUGCAAUAGGUGGGUUAUCUCCUUAAAUGUAUGUAAUGUCUGUCGUUUGAAAGAAUUUUACUCAAGCCUAAGUAUUAAAAUGUGUGGGCACAA